GAAAAGAUCGGUGGAUGUAGUUGAUCCCGUGGCCAUGUGACGUAGAACAAAUCCACAAGCGACGUGUGUGAAGUUGUGAACGGUUUGUUCCGGGCCCUAAUGAGACGGACUGAACCCGGGUCCCGGUGUUCACACACACACGCAUACACACACUCUGACAAACACACUGACAGACGACUGCUGUUAGCCGUUAGCUCGUCAGUGUAAGAUGUCGGGGACAGACCUGAGGACAGUCUUCCUCUUCUCGCUGCCCUCCCCUGUUCACUGGGAGUUUUGCCGGGUCAUGGACGGACUGUCAGACCUGGACUGGACCCGCUUCGCGGCAGAAGUCCUCGGGGAUCAAACCAGCGUACGAUUGGCUGAGAAGCAGGAGAGGCGGACCGACUGGGUGAUGAACCAAUGGGGGAAUAGGAACGGUAGAGUCGGGGAGUUGAUUGACCUGUUGGAGCGUCUGCAGCUGCUCCGCCCCCGUGACAUCAUCUUGAGCUUGUCCAGUCUGACGUCAGUAUCCUCGCCUCCUACUGCCCCACCUCUGGCCCCGCGCCCUGCUCCUAAUCAGCCUCCCACCUCUGCCCGCCCUGAAUCUUUCAAAACCACACCCACAUUAAGCACCUGCGCACAGAGCACAACAGAUGAAGGAGGAGGAGGACUGCUGCCUGGACCUGCCCCGCCCCCCUCCAACCUGCUGUCUAAGCCCCACCCACACCCUCAGAGUGUUGUCCUGCUGAAGUCAUGUGAAGGCAGUGGAGGUGGUGACAGGGUGAUGUGCUGGUCGUAUGAAGAGGUGCAUGCUGGGACAAAUGGGUUCUCCCCUUCCCUGCAGGUGGGGGAGGGGGGGUUUGGCGUGGUUUACAGAGCGACCAUUAGAGACACGGACUGUGCCGUCAAGAGACUGAAACAGGACUGUGUGUUGGGCUGGACUCUGCUGAAGGAGACAUUUCACACUGAAGUGGACAAACUGUCCAAGUUCCGACAUCCAAACAUCGUUGAUCUUCUGGGCGUCAGUGAAGGAGGAGGAUCAGUGUGUUUGAUCUACAGCUACAUGGAGAAGAGAUCACUGGAGGAGCAGCUGCACACAGAGUGUAGCGCCCUCUCCUGGUCUCACAGACUCAGUAUCAUUGAAGGUGUCGCGUCAGCGUUGUCGUUCCUUCACUCGCCUCCUGACAGAAACACGUCGCUCAUCCACGGAGACGUCAAGAGUUCAAACAUCCUGUUGGACCGCCACCUGGUGGCGAAGCUGGCUGACUUCGGUCUGGCUCGUUUUGCAUGUGCCCGCACGUCAAGACACACGGCGGCACAGACGGCGUCAGUGGGUAAAACAGAGACGAUCAGAGGGACGUUAGCGUAUCUGCCGGACGAGUACGUGAGGGACGGAGAGCUGGGACCUGCCGUGGACGUCUACAGCUUCGGAGUGGUGUUGUUGGAGGUGCUGACCGGUCGUCGAGCUCUAGACAGAGAUGUGAAGACAGGAGACAGAUACCUGAAGGACCUGGUGAAGGAGGUUACAGCAGGUCCAUCUGGUUCUUGUGCAGCAGCCUGGAGGAAACAGCUGGAUCACCGGCUGAUAACAGGGGGCGCUGCAGAUCCAGUUGGCUGGAUGGACGUGGCGACUCUGGCCUGCAGAUGUUUAGACAGGAGGAAGAAGAGACCUUCGAUGAGUGAGGUGUUUAAAAAACUAAAGGAGAUCCACAACAUGGUGGGCGGGACCAGAUCCCCCCAGCCUGUGGCCCGUCCACCCAGCCCUGCCUUCGAAUCUAGUAUGGACUCUCUUUCCAGUCGGCUGUCUAAACUGGGACCACUUAAGGACAUGGACCUCCCGGCUGUCCCUCACCCCCUCCACUCCUCCUCCUCCUCUUCGUUCAUCGGUCCAUGUGAAACUGAUGAGAGUCGCGGAUUCUCUCAGUAUGACCUUCACUCCCACUGCAGGUCAAACGGAACCAGUUCCAGGUCGGUCUCCCUAUCCACCAGAGACCAGUAUCAGUGUCCACAACAGUCCAGUCAGUCUUCUGUCCCUGUUGAGGACCAGUACGACCCCCUAAGACCAGGGGGCGGGGCUACAGCAGGACUGCACACAGUCCGUGAAAGCCUGUCUCCUGCAGGGUCCUUGCAGUCAUCAUCAUCAUCAUCAUCAGUUCACAUCAGUCCCAGUAAGCAGCAGCGUCUCCUGGAGACGACGAAGGUUCUGGACAAGGACGGAAGAAUCCGGACUGUGGAGCUGCUGCCGUCUGAUGACCCCUAUGGAGGCCACAGGUCGCAGGAUUCCAGGGGACCAGAGGAGAGCGACGAGCUGGAUUAUCUUCCGGCUGAACACACCUGACGGAGCGCAGACAGGUGUUUUCCACCUGCAGGUGGUGCUGUGGUUUCCGUUAAUGCUUGACUUUUCACGCGUGCCUCAAACGACUUUACCCGAAGGUACGAGUCGUCAUCGACGUGGACGAUCCCUGAGACUGUCGUCACACACUGGCCUGAUCAAUCCACACUAAUCGGAUUGAUCAAUGAUCGAUCAGCUCACUUCUAUUUAUUCUCUGUAAAGUCUCUAAAAGAAGCCAAAUAACUUCUGAAAUGUCCAAUAUUUUCACUUUAAAUCAUCUUAUUACUAUGACCUUUAUAGAUUUGAUACAAAUGUUUAUCAUGUUUGUUUGUUUACAUGAACAAUCACUGCUUCAUGUCUGUAAACCUUUCUCUGCCAAAGUCAAUAUCAUUAUUAUUAUUAUUGUUGUUGUAAUUUUUUUAUGGAGUCUGAGCACUAAUCUAGCUCUUUUAUUAAAGGAACAGUAUGUAAAAU